CCCGCGUGCUACGGCGAGGAUAAAAAAAACAAGAACGGCGAGACCCCCACUUUUUUCUCAUGGAAAUCAGACCCUCCCUCCCACUCACACGUGGGGCUUCACAAAUGCAAAGUCGAACAUUCACAGCCAGACGUAAAAAGUGCGGGGACAGGAGCAGGAUGUCUCAGGCAAGCUGACGAGGACAGCGCAAGUUUCGGUAUUUUUUAAAUGUUGUGGUUUUCAUUGAUGACCACUCCUAUAAUUUAUUGGCGUUGCAUACCGUAGCCUUCUCUCCAAAAUGCUGGAAUUGGCACAACGCAUGGUUUUGUGUGCACUGGUGUGUUCCAUUUACGCGCGCGCAUCUUGUCCUCCCGGUUGCGAAUGUUCCGAAGCGGCUCACACGGUCAAGUGUGUGUCCAAAGAGCUGCAGACCAUUCCGAAGGGGAUCCCUGGAUAUACGAGGAAUCUGUUUAUCACAGGGAACAACAUCAGCCGAAUCGGUCCAACAUGUUUCCAGGGACUGGAUAACGUCACGAACUUGUCUCUGAGCAAUAACAGAAUCACUGAGGUGGAAUCCAACACCUUCGCUGAUCUGCGCGCUCUGCGCUACCUGGACCUGAGCAGCAACCAGCUGACCGCCAUCCACCCAGAGGGCUUCAGCAUGCACAACCACACCCUGCGCGAGCUCAACCUCAGCCGGGCGCUCUACAACCACUCCGCCGUGACCGACCUGGCCGCCGCCCUACGCCAGGCCAGCCUGGGCUCCCUGCAGGGGCUGGACCUGUCGGGCAACGGCCUCGUCCUCCUGCCCCCGCGCACCUUCUCCCGGCUGGGCCAGCUGCGACGGCUGCAGCUCUCCAACAACUCCCUGGUGGCCAUCCACAACGCCACCUUCUGGGGCCUGCAGCGGCUGGAGGAGCUGGACCUCACCUUCAACGCCCUGAAGGGCGUGCCCGAGGAGGGGCUCCGGGAGCUGGACGCCCUGCCCGCCGCCAGCGGCCUCCUGCUGGGCGACAACCCCUUCGACUGCACCUGCGCCAUCGAGCCCCUCGCCCUGUGGCUCAACCGCUCCCGGGGCCGCGUGCGCGACGCCGAGGCGCCCUCCUGCGCCUCCCCGGCCACAAUGAGGAACGUGACGCUGCUGGCCGCCGCCGCCCUGACCCUGCGGUGCUACCAGAGGGCGGCCGGGGCGGACCUGGCCCUGCAGACGUCCUACGUGUUCCUGGGCCUGGUGCUGGGCCUGGUGGGGCUGGUGUUCCUCUUUGUGCUCUACCUCAACCGCAAGGGCAUCAAGAAGAGGGUGAACGAGGCGCGCGACGCCUGCCGCGAGGUGUGGGAGGGCUACCACUACCGCUACGAGAUCGACUCGGACCCCCGCCUCUCCCAGGUGUCGUCGAACGCGGACGCAUGACGCCGACUUUGAUUCCCCCCCCCCCCUGACUAUGAGGAGGGAUGGAGGGAUAGAGGGGGGGGCGUGACUUUUUUCUUACGAUGCAUCCAGCCUCUACCACGGGAAUGUAAAAUUGUAUAUAUUUGUAUAUUAUAAAGCUAUUGCAUACGUUUGGAUUUUGUUGACCCCGUCGUCAUGCUUUGUAGGGUGAUGCAUGUCUAGGCUCUCGUUGACCCCCCCCCUCCGACGUCAAACUCACGUGCUUAUUUCGCUCGAGGCUUGCAGUCGCGGUUUGGUAGGUUUGUGCACAAAUCGCUGACAUCAAGUAGACUCUCUUGCUUUGUACAAAUAUGAUUUGCUUUUAAUUGGAGCCAAGUGCCUUUUGUUGGUUGGAUGCCAAGAUGCAGACUCGAUUUUUAGAUAUUAUUGGACUGUGCGUGAUGAAGUGGUUUGCAUGUAGAAUAAGGAAUCGAGAAACCAAGCAAAGCCAAGGAAUAAAAAAUGCAUUGACAGAUGUUAUUGGGGUAGAUGUCUGAGUA